AUGUCCGUCGCCACCGGCGUCGCCCUCGCCGUCGCCGACGCCGUGUGGGAGCAGAUCAAGGUGGCGGGGCACGUCUCCGACGAGCACCUGUCCAUCCUCGAGCACCUGUUCGGCAAGAACAUGCUGCGCGCCUGCAAGAUCCUCGACGAGGGCGGCGUCCGCCGCGUCACCGGCGCGCCCAGCGGCCGCUCGCUCUUCCUGGUGAUGGGGGAGUCCAAGAGGAAGGAGGAGUACAUCUGCUUCCCGGAGCACCUCUGCACCUGCUACUCCUUCUUCUACGACAUUGUCGGACGCGGCGAGCAGCUCUGCUGUAAGCAUCAGCUGGCAGCGCGGCUUGCAGAGGCUGUCGGACAACACCAGGAGAUGGAGGUGACCGAUGAGGAGCUCGCUCACAUGCUCGCUAAGCUCUGA